AUGAAAUUGGACCCUCGUGCAGCAACGGUGCAUGAUGUUGACGACCAUGACAAUCCCAUCCUGCAUAGCAAGCGAUCGGCAACGCGAGUGAAAAAGGAAACAUCACCAUCGGCGAUGCGGAAGAGCACUGUCAAUCACGCCAUACCCCCCAGGGGCAUUAUCGGCGAGUCCAUCAUCAGCGGCCCCAUCGAGCACAUGGUCAAGGCGCUUGGGACGCACCGGAGCAAUCCGCUCACGAUCUUUACAAGGGGUCAGGAUCAGAGCCGCGAGUGGAAUGAGAUCGGGGGAUGUCGGUUUCGGAAGGUUUUUUUUACGGAUGAGACGGAAGUUUUGAAGCCCGAUGCAGUCUAUGAACGCCAGCGGUCCGUUCGUCUGACUGCGUUCAUCCCGAAAAAGGAUGAAACUCACCCAGACCCGAGGAUCUAUGUGGAACAAAGGGUUUACCGUGGAGGACAGGAACAGAUCGUCUUGCAUGAACUAGGCUUCAGAGGACGCAUCCAAGUAGGGGUCGAGUAUGUAUUCGCGGGAUGUGGAGAUGAACACGUCAACUGGGGGAAGCGCGAUCUUCUGCUGCAAGUCCAAUCGCUGGAUCAGGAUAUAUUCGAUAGCUAUAUGCACCGAGCGAAGUACUACGGAUACGACCACACGUACUGCGUUUACGUGAAUAGACACAUGGUAUCGAAUGGGGUAAACCAUAGGCUACCCAUCCUGGAUCAGAGGAGACGGUCGCCCUGCAACAUCUGCUUUGAUCCGGAUGAUCUUCAGGCUUUGUUGAAGGCCAAAGGUGUAUUGCAAUUCAAUUGGGAAGGGCCCUCGACGGCAGAGAUCGAGCUCCUGAAACUGCGUUUGCGCGGGCUUGGGGAUUGUACGGAGGAUGGCAUGGCUUCGGGCGACCUCCAUAUCCGUAUCAUAUACAAGCCUUGA